AGAGGUGAGAGGUGAAAGGUCAAACGCAUGGUUUUGGAUGAUCAAGCGGGCUGUUAAAGUGUUGUGUGGUAGCUCUUGUUUAAGUUCUGGCUGUGUCUUAGAAGUCGAGUUUGUAUUUUGUGUAUUCAGCACAGUAAGAUUCAGCAUUCGUAAUUUACGUGUUUUGUAAUUGUCGUUGGUUUCACUCUUCAAACAGACGGCUAAAGCUAACGCAGUUUUCGCGGGAGUGCAGUGGGUCUGUUUGACAUCUGAUUAAUGUUACUUCGUGUUAUGAUCGUUGCAUUGUUCGCAAGUUUAACGUCGACGAAAAUCUGUUAACAUAAAACACAUUUAAUCGUCGAACGUAAUUAUUUAAGUGUUUAUUCAGUGUAAUGGCCGAGAGACCAGAGGACCUCAAUCUACCCAAUGCUGUCAUAACGCGGAUUAUCAAGGAGGCGUUGCCAGACGGAGUAAACGUGUCUAAAGAGGCAAGAAGAGCUAUUUCUCAGGCAGCUAGUGUUUUCGUUCUCUAUGCGACAUCAUGCGCAAACAAUUUUGCUAUGAAAGCAAAGAGGAAGACACUCAAUGCUGGAGAUGUGAUGGCAGCUAUGGAGGAGAUGGAGUUUGAGCGUUUCUUACAACCCUUAUGUGAAGCACUUGAAGCCUACAAGAAAGGCCAGAAAGGCAAAAAAGCAGCAUCCGAGCAGAAACGCAAGGACAAGAAGAAAAGUGAGACAGAUGAGAAUGAUAAAAGUAGAGACGAAGAGGAAGAUGAGCAUAUGGAUGAGGAGCAGGAUGGAGAGAAUGAAGGGGAGGAAGAGGAUGUGGAGAACUGAGAGACUGUUUUAUUUGCGCAGCCUGUUCUGGUUUUCAUCAACUGUGGCAAAUACUAUUAAGUUUUUACUUUAAUAGUUGCGAAGAGGUGUCACUUGGUCUGGUCAUGAAAUCUGUGGUACUAAAUAUGUUUCACUUGAACACCUUUAUUUGAAUACUUUUGUAUGAAAAUGCGGUAACAUUCUUGAAUUGGUGUACAUUCUUUGAGACCUGUUAGUAUUAACAUAUCCACAGAAUUUCAAGCAAAUUUAAGUGUUACCUUAAGGCAAUUGAGAUGUUUGCGGUGUAAUUUUAGAGCUUGGGUAAAGGCUUCUAUUGAAGUUUUAUAGGUUCAGGGUGAUGUUGAAAAAAUACACUGUGGCUGAGUAGUUUAAGAUAUAUCCUUGUUCCUGGGGCAAACAGCCAAAAUAGUAGUAAGCUGGUUCUUGGAUAUUGUGUUUUAUACUUGAGCUUUUGUACUGCAAGACAUUUCAAUAAAUUGUUU